AUGGCGAGAAGAUACGAUUCGCGGACAACCAUUUUCUCCCCCGAAGGCCGCCUCUAUCAGGUAGAAUAUGCUUUGGAGGCCAUCUCACAUGCAGGGACAGCGCUGGGUGUUUUAGCGAAAGAUGGGAUAGUGCUUGCUGCCGAAAGGAAAGUCACCAGCAAACUCUUGGAACAAGACACAUCAGCGGAGAAGCUCUACAUAUUGAAUGACAAUAUGAUAUGCGCCGUCGCUGGAAUGACCGCUGAUGCAAAUAUUCUCAUUAACUACGCCCGCCAAGCAGCGCAGCGAUACCUCUUGACCUACAACGAAGAAAUUCCUUGUGAACAACUCGUACGCAGACUAUGUGAUCUCAAGCAAGGGUACACUCAACACGGUGGGCUACGUCCAUUCGGCGUUUCUUUUAUAUAUGCCGGCUAUGAUUCUAUGGGACAAUUCCAGCUCUACCAAAGUAAUCCAAGCGGCAACUAUGGCGGUUGGAAAGCAACUAGUGUCGGCGCCAAUAACGCAAGCGCACAAAGCUUAUUGAAGCAAGAUUACAAAGAUGACUGUGAUCUGAAGGAGGCAUGCGGGAUGGCCGUCAAAGUUCUCAGUAAGACCAUGGAUUCGACGAAAUUAAGUAGCGAGAAAAUCGAGAUUGCUACGGUUGGCAGAACGAAAGACGGCAAAAUCUACCACCAUCUCUGGGGAGGCGAUGAAAUUGACUCUCUGUUAAAGGAACACGAGCUGGCUAAAGAUGACGAGCAGCAAACUGCGUAG